AAGGCGCCCACGAUCGCCAGUGAGCUGAAUGUGAAAGAGGCCUUCACGAGUGCAGAGCAUAGUAGGAGUGAAGGGGAGAACAGGAGGAGGAGGAGCGGAAAGAAGAGCGAGACAAAGCCUUUGGCGAACAUGCAGAGCAUUAUCUACGCUCGUGUCUUCCCGUCCGACGAGUUAGCGCCACCUGGCCUUGGACUCCGCAACUCUGAAGACGUGCCACAGGAAAAUGCUGUAUCAACGCCACCGUCGGACGCAAUUAUACCGGGUCUGGCAAGCCGGCCAGCCAGUCGUGGCAAUCGGGAGGAGACGGCAGUUGAGUCGAGAUGGAGUGGCCUCGUUUCGAAGGCCUCUUUGCGUUCAUGCCUUCGCGGCAGAAGACUUUUUGCUGUUGUCAACGCUCCGCGUCACGACACUGUCGGCGGAUGCGAUCCCGAUCACUGA